AUUGCAAAUUACCAAUAAGAGUCCGACACGUGACUGAAAUUUCCAUAUAAACUGAAACGAGGGCCUUUGUGGGGACACCACCCGAUUGGCGCGGAUAUUCAAAGACAGAAUUUUUCCUCUCACCGGAAAGACCAGAAACAACGUCGUCGGUUAACCAUCUCCUCUUCCCGUCAUCACCAAUCUUCUCCGACUACCAAAUUUUCUUUAUAAUCUCCUCCCACCUUCCAUAAGACGGCAGCUCCAUCUACCGUCGAUUAAAUUUCCAGGAGGCUUUCGUUUCUAAAUUUGUUUGCGUUUCACAUCGGAGAAGACAAGGCGUAUCUACUUUCUCAUGUUUUUAAUUUAAUCCGAUCAUCGUUUCAUUCCUUAAACUUAGAAAUGGAUAAUAUAAAAUCCCCAUUUAAAGGAAUCUCCAUCGAUUUCCAAAAAAGAAAAGCAUGUUACAAGGAGGAUUGGAUUUCUGCAUUUCGCUCUGGCCCCAGGAUUUUUGCGCCAACUACCUACAUUUUCUUCGCUUCAGCUCUUCCCGUCAUUGCCUUCGGUGCGCAACUUAGCAGAGAAACAGAUGGAACCUUGAGCACGGUUGAAACUUUAGCUUCGACGGCCAUUUGCGGUAUCAUACAUUCAAUAUUUGGUGGGCAACCGUUGUUGAUUUUAGGGGUGGCAGAGCCAACAGUUAUAAUGUAUAAUUACCUGUACAGUUUCGCUAAAGGAAGGCCCGAUUUGGGAAAGGAGUUGUUCUUGGCUUGGGCUGGAUGGGUGUGUGUCUGGACGGCUCUCCUUCUCUUUUUCCUUGCCAUUUUCAAUGCAUGUACGAUUAUCUGUAAAUUUACAAGGGUUGCUGAUGAACUGUUUGGCAUGUUAAUAACGGUUCUUUUUCUUCAGCAGGCCAUAAAGGGAAUGGUAGGUGAAUUUAAGGUUCCCGAAGGCGACGACCCGAAUUCAGAAGAGUAUCAAUUUCAGUGGUUAUAUGUAAACGGGCUUUUGGGUGUUGUAUUUACCUUUGGUCUACUUUUAACAUCUUUAAAGAGCACAAAGGCAAGAUCAUGGAAAUACGGAACUGGAUGGUUUCGAAGCUUUCUUGCGGAUUAUGGUGUUCCAUUGAUGGUUGUAGUUUGGUCAGCACUGUCCUUUAGUGUACCGGAAAAUGUUCCUUCUGAUGUUCCCAGGAGGCUUGUGAGUCCCCUUCCUUGGGAGCCUGCUUCAUUGCAGCAUUGGUCAGUGAUCAAGGACAUGGGUAAGGUCCCACCAAUGUACAUAUUUGCUGCAUUCAUACCAGCUAUAAUGGUUGCUGGUCUUUAUUUUUUUGACCAUAGUGUUGCGUCACAAAUGGCACAACAGGAGGAAUUUAAUCUCAAGAAGCCAUCUGCUUAUCAUUAUGACAUCUUAGUUCUCGGUUUCAUGACAUUGCUAUGCGGACUGGUUGGACUGCCUCCAUCCAAUGGGGUACUCCCACAAUCUCCCAUGCACACUAAAAGCCUUGCUACUCUCAGAAAACAGAUAAUUAAAAGGAAGAUGGUGAAGAGAGCCAAGGAGUGCAUGAAGCAAAAUGCAAGCAACUCUGAAAUUUAUGGCAGAAUGCAGGAGGUGUUCAUAGAAGUUGACAAAACUCCAGCACCUUCCGCAGCUGAAGAGCUUAAGGACUUGAAGAAUGCAGUUUUUAAAAGUGAAGAUGCAGAGAGUACUGAUGGUAGUUUUGAUCCAGAAAAGGACAUUGAUACUUACCUGCCUGUCCGGGUUAAUGAACAAAGACUUACCAACCUAUUACAGUCCCUUCUUGUUGCAGCAUCUGUGCUUGCCAUGCCCGUAAUUAAGAAGAUACCCACAUCAGUUCUCUGGGGAUAUUUCGCUUAUAUGGCCAUUGACAGUCUUCCUGGGAGUCAGCUCUGGGAAAGAACAUUGCUGCUUUUCAUUACUCCUAGUCGGCGCUACAAGGUUUUGGAAGGAGCGCAUGCUGCUUUUGUGGAGUCAGUGCCAUUCAGGCAAAUUUCAAUAUUUACACUCUUCCAACUAUUAUAUCUUCUGAUUUGUUUUGGAGUGACAUGGAUACCAAUUGCUGGAAUACUGUUCCCUUUGCCAUUCUUUUUGCUUAUAAGCAUAAGGCAGCAUGUUCUCCCCAAAUUUUUUGAUCCAAGUCACCUUCAAGCAUUAGACGCAGCAGAAUAUGAGGAAAUGGAUGGUCAUGGUCAUGGAUUCCAGGAUCAGGAAGAAAAUAGCUCAGGGGAUGAAGAUAGAGACAAUUUUGAGCUACUGGAUUUGUUGACUACCAGUAGAGGAGAGUUGAAGCAUAGAACAAGAAGCUUCAGUGAAGAUAGGCCUGGCCAGGUUUACCCAGAAGAGAACCAUUGACAGACAUGGAGAAGGGUGAUUGCCUCUUACAUAGAGAUUCAAUGGAAAGAAUCUUUUACUUUCCCCAGAAAACGGGUGGGGGAAAGGGGAAGAAAACUGAAAAACAAGGAAAGCACAAAAGAUGUACAUUAUUUUCCUUCUUCUCAAGGCAGGUUCUAAAUCAGAAAUGUAACAAUACUUUAUGAUUAUUUUUCAAUUCCUCCUUUGUUCUGGCUCCAAAUAUGGAGUCAGGGAAAAUAGCUAAUAGAUAGUCUCAAAAUUA